GAACAAACCUCAAUUUGCAUUGAGAUUUGUACUUUUGUAGUCAACCAAGGAAGUUAACUACCUAACUUUACCAAUGGAAAAUGGAGAUGUGGAUACCAAUAACAUCGCCAACACUACUCUCAUUUCGAUUCUUGAUUUCGUGAAAAAUCGACGUUCUGAAGACCUAUUAUCAACAUCUAUUAACAUGGUUCCUAGUGGACUCAGAGAUGUCAGUCCAAGUUCUUAUGAUCCUCGGGUGGCGUGUAUAGGACCUCUUCACAGAGAAGACCAAAAUGUGCAAUACUUUGAAGAGCUGAAAGCAAACUAUGUUCAGUUCCUAUUGGACGAUAUCAACUCCCCACCAGAGCAAACGCUAAAAGAAUGCGUGCAAAGAGUUCUUGCUUUAAUACACCGAAUAAGGGCAUGUUAUAUGGGGACAAGCGUCAUCCACAGAUAUGAUGACAUUGAGCUUGCGAAAAUGAUGGUUACAGAUGCUUGUUUCAUGCUCCAUUUCAUUAACGUGAUUACAACAUCAAGCGCUGAAUUACACCGCACUUUGCGUGGCACAGCUAUACUUUACGACCUGAUACUAUUAGAAAACCAGAUCCCUUUCUUUGUUCUUCAAGAAGUUUUUAACUGCACCAUUCCAAAAUCAUUACAUAAAGUAUCCUCUCUUCCUCACCUUAUCCUUAAAUUUGUACGCUAUUUGAACAUCUUUGAAUCAACCGUGACAUUUGCGAUAAAUCUCCCAUCACCACCGUAUGAUCAUAUUCUUGGUUUUCUAGCAAAAUGUUACUGGCCAUCAGAUACACAUUCUUCAUUUUUACUACCAACAUCAGCAACCCACUCCACCAUAGAACUGGAUAGAGCAGGAGUGAUCUUUAAACCUAAUGAAUAUGACAGUUUGCAAUUGGCCAUUGAGUUCAAAUCAUCUAGGUCUCUCUGGUGCUCAUUGUCUCGGGAGAAGCCUACACUUAGAAUGCCAGUAUUGCGUAUUGAUAACUACACUGAGUUGGUUUUAAGGAACAUCAUUGCUUAUGAGCAAUACUUUGGAAAUGUUAGUUAUGUUACGGGAUAUGCCAUGGCCAUGGAUAUGUUAAUUGAUAGUGAAGACGACAUUGCCAAGUUGAUAGAAUCGAAAGUCAUUGUUAACCAUUUAGGUUCAAACGAAAAGGCUGCAAAUGCGUUGAACAGCCUUUGCAAAGAACUUCCCAUAUUAAACUUCAGUUACGAACGUCAGUGGCGAGAUAUGGAUGCUCAUUACAAUCGUUACUGGCCCAAAAAUAUUGCGGAAUUAAAGCGUACAUAUUUUAGUAGUCCAUGGAAUUUAAUUGCUUUACUUGCUGGAAUCAUCCUCUUUGCUCUCACUGUGGUUCAGACAAUCUAUUCGGUCAAUGCCGCAUAGUGCAAUAUUUGCUUUGAGGUUAUGGAAGUAGUCAUCAGCAGUUGAUGUUUUCUAUUUGUUUUUCUCUUAUGUUUUUGGUUUCUCUCCCUUGAGAAAGUUCAUCCUUCAAUUAGCAAUUAUAAAAAUAUCAUGGUUGAGAGGAAAUUCUUCCAGUUCUCACUUGUAUGAGAUGAAAAAAUAGUUUAAGAUAAUUUUAAGCUUUUUAUCUUUGUUC